AAUAUAAAAUAAAAAAUGUUUUUGUUUUUGGGUUUUUUUUCCCCCUCUCUCUUCAGGGUCAACACACCAAGAAAACAGGGAGGUCUGGGUAACAUGAAAAUCCCCCUGGUAUCGGACCUCAGCAAGUCAAUCUCCAAAGAGUAUGGUGUGCUGAAGGAAGAUGAGGGCAUCUCAUUCAGGGGUCUCUUUGUGAUUGAUGACAAGGGCGUCUUGAGGCAGAUCACCAUUAACGACUUGCCUGUGGGUCGUUCUGUGGACGAGACUCUGCGCCUGGUUCAAGCCUUCAAGCACACAGACAAAUAUGGAGAGGUGUGUCCUGCUGGCUGGAAACCCGGGAGCGACACGAUCGUCCCCGACGUCGAGAAGAGCAAAGCAUUCUUCUCCAAGCAGUAAAUGUGAACGUCUCCUACUCUGCUGUUUUCCUCAACAUAGCACUUGACCUCAGAUGAGAGGGAUGCCUAUAAAGCAGUAUCAUCACGUCCAGACUAACCUGUUAAAACACACCUCAGCUUCAUGUAGGGGGGAGGAAAUGUUUGGUUUUGGGGGGGUUUUUUGUUUUCAUGUCCAGUGUACAAACUUUUGGGUAACCUCAUCGUCUUGAUCACUGAAAGUAUAGUUUUGUUGUUCCUUUUUCAAAGAAAGCACUGAAAUUUGUUUCCUGGCUGUUAAUAAUUUGCUACCAUCUUUAUUAAAACAUGGAGGAAAGUUA